AUGUCUUUCGACACACCCCUGACACGCAAGUUGGGCAUCAGGGUCCCCGUCGUGCAGGGCGGUCUUCAAUGGGUGGCAUAUGCCGAGCUCGCCGCCGCCGUCAGUAACGCCGGCGGUCUGGGGAUCAUCAACGCCUUGACGCAGCCCGAUCCAGAGCGCCUGCGACAGGAAAUCCGAAAGACGCGGUCACUAACAGCAAACCCGUUUGGCGUCAACCUCACCUUGUUACCCGCUCUCAACCCUCCAGACUAUCCUGCAUUCACCCAGGCCAUCAUCGACGAAGGGGUCAAGAUCGUCGAGACCGCGGGCAACAGUCCCGGUCCCGUCAUCCGGAAGCUGAAGGAGGCCGGGAUCAUCGUGAUCCACAAAGCCACGACGAUAAGACACGCGAAAGCGGCCAUCAAACUCGGCGUGGAUAUCUUGUCGAUUGACGGGUUCGAAUGUGCCGGCCAUGUCGGGGAGUCCGACAUUGCCUCGCUGAUCCUGAACAGUCGCGCGCGCCAGGAACUGGGAGACACGCCGUUCAUCGCGUCGGGCGGGUUUGCCGAUGGAUACGGGUUGAUGGCGGCCCUCAGCCUGGGUGCCGCGGGGAUCAACAUGGGCACGCGGUUCAUGUGCACGGUCGAGGCCCCCAUCCACCUGAACGUCAAGCAAGCCAUCGUCAAAGGAGACGAGCACCAGACGACGCUCAUUCUGAGGCGGUGGAAGAACACCAGCCGCAUGUAUACCAACCAAAUGACGGCCAAGACCAUCGAGAUCGAGUCCACCAGCAAGACGGGCGAGUUUGCGGAGGUUGCGCCAGUGGUGAGCGGUGCUCGAGGCCGCGAGGUUCUAACAGGUGGUGAUAUUCAACACGGGGUCUGGUACGCUGGCCAAGUAAUGGGGUUGAUCUACGACAUUCCAACCUGUGCGGAACUCAUCGCACGCAUCGAGAAAGAGGCCGGCGAGGUCUUGUCCAGGCUUUCGAGUUCGAUACCAAGUCAGCCACAGGGCCCCAAGAGCAAGUUAUAG